AUGAAUAGUGAUAUCAAAGAAGCAACACAGAAUAAGGAAAUAGAGACACUGACCUUUGAUAUGGAGAAAACACUUCCGUUACCACAUCUUAGUACAAACAUUAUGUUUUAUAAAAGACAGCUAUGGCUCUAUAACUGUGGGAUAUAUGCAGCGAAGGAGGGAAAAUCCACUUUCAACCUGUGGCUUGAAGGACAAGCCGGUCGCGGUGCCCAAGAGAAGCUUGAAAAGGAAAUCACUAAUAGAAAAAAAAGGUGUGAAGAGGAUAAGUUCAGCUGGUUGAAAAUUAAAGAAAUUAAGCUUUUAAACGAGAAGCCUUUUAGUAUCUUUAUCGAAACAACCCACGACGCUACUGAUAACUAUAAAGAAAUUGAUAUUAAAAAAGGAAAAGGUAACCCACAAACAAUGCUAUUCUCUCGGCAUUUGCAACCUCUUUGGCCCAACGGAAAGCCUGUAGCAGAAGCUAAACUUAAGGAUAUCAAGAGCUACUUAAACCCCAUUCCUCCGGCAGAUCAUCCUUUUUAUGUUAACCUUAUUGGUGACGAUACAAUCGAGGAAGAUACAGAAGGGUAUAAUGCAGAGCUGGAUUUCCAAAUACAAGAGGACUGA